AUGGGUCUCCUAUCCGACCCGGUGCGCCGGCGCGCGCUCGCCCGCCUGGUGCUGCGCCUCAAUGCGCCGCUCUGCGUGCUGAGCUACGUGGCGGGCAUCGCCUGGUUCCUGGCGCUGGCUUUCCCGCCGCUGACCCAGGGCACUUACAUGUCGGAGAACGCCAUGGGCUCCACCAUGGUGGAGGAGCAGUUUGUCGGCGGGGACCGUGCCCGGAACUUUGCCCGGGACUUCGCUGCCCACCGCAGGAAGUCGGGGGCUCUGCCAGUGGCCUGGCUGGAGCGGGCGAUGCGGUCAGUGGGGCUGGAGGUGUACACGCAAACCUUCUCCCGGAAGUUGCCCUUCCCAGAUGAGACUCACGAGCGCUAUAUGGUGUCAGGCACCAACGUGUAUGGCAUCCUGCGGGCCCCACGUGCGGCCAGCACCGAGUCCCUGGUGCUCACCGUGCCCUGUGGCUCCGACUCUGCCAACAGCCAGGCCGUAGGGCUGCUACUGGCGCUUGCUGCCCACUUCCGAGGACAGAUUUACUGGGCCAAGGACAUCAUGUUUCUAGUGACAGAUCACGACCUCCUGGGCACCGAGGCUUGGCUGGAGGCGUACCAUGAUGUCAACGUCACUGGCAUGCAGUCCUCACCGCUGCAGGGCCGUGCCGGGGCCAUCCAGGCGGCCGUGGCCCUGGAGCUGAGCAGUGAUGUGGUCACCAGCCUGGACGUGGCCGUGGAGGGGCUCAACGGGCAGCUGCCCAAUCUCGACCUGCUCAACCUCUUCCAGACCUUCUGCCAGAAAAGGGGGCUGCUGUGCACGCUGCAGGGCAAGCUGCAGCCCCAGGACUGGGCGUCGCUGGACGGGCCACUGCAGGGCCUGCAGACGCUGCUGCUGAUGGUUCUGAGGCAGGCCUCCGGCCGUCCCCACGGCCCCCAUGGCCUCUUCUUGCGCUAUCGCGUGGAGGCCCUGACGCUGCGUGGCAUCAAUAGUUUUCGUCAGUACAAGUAUGACCUGGUAGCCGUGGGCAAGGCCCUGGAGGGCAUGUUCCGCAAGCUCAACCACCUGCUGGAGCGGCUGCACCAGUCCUUCUUCCUCUACCUGCUGCCCGCCCUCUCGCGCUUCGUCUCCAUCGGCCUCUACAUGCCCGCCGCGGGCUUCCUGCUUCUCGUCCUGGGACUGAAGGCUCUGGAACUGUGGAUGCAGCUCCAUGAAGCCGGAGCGGGUCCUGAGGAGGCUGGGGGGACCCCUGGACGUGUGCCUCCCCUCCCCCCGGCACAGGAUGUGGGGCUGGCCUCGCUCGUGGCGCCCCUGUUGAUCUCACAGGCUGUGGGCUUGGCUCUCUACUUCCUGCCUGUGCUAGGUCAGCACGUGGCUGCCCGGCACUUCCCCGUGGGUGAAGCUGAGGCCGUGGUGCUGACGCUGCUGGCCAUCUACGCGGCAGGCCUGGCUCUUCCGCACAACACCCACAGGGUGGUGAGCACACAGGCUCCGGACAGGGGCUGGAUGGCGCUGAAGCUGGUGGCCCUCAUCUACCUGGCCCUGCAGCUGGGCUGCAUCGCCCUCAUCAACUUUUCACUAGGCUUCCUGUUGGCCGCCACCAUGGUGCCCGCCGCCGCGCUCACCGAGCCCCGUGGGCCCCGGUCACUCUACGCUGCUCUAUUGGUGCUGACGAGCCCAGCAGCCACACUCCUGGGCAGCCUGUUCCUGUGGCGGGAGCUGCAGGAGGCACCGCUGUCCCUGGCCGAGGGCUGGCAGCUCUUCCUGGCAGCACUGUCCCAAGGCGUACUGGAGCACUACACCUAUGGUGCCCUGCUCUUCCCGAUUCUGGCCCUGGGCCUCUACCCCUGCUGGCUGCUCUUCUGGAACGUGCUCUUCUGGAAGUGAUGUCUGCUGCCCUGGUGUGCAGGCUGCGGUGGGACUCCCCAGACACCCGUCCUUCCUGGGAAAUAAACAGGUGUUUUGUUU